UUUUUUUUUUUUUGGAAAAUAAAAUUUGUAAGGGUUAUCUACUUUCCUUGCGGUCCAAGAUAUUGUGGCCUACAAAUACUCAUGUUCAAAAGAACCCUGAUUCUUUCAAAAAAAAAAAAAAAAAAAAAAAAGGAACCCUGAUUGGUCAAGAAGUGUAAGAAUUUUUUUUCCUUCAAAAUAUCACGAUGAAGAUCGUCCAUAAGGAUAUGGUUCUUGGCGGCCCUGGCAGCGUAAAGAUGAUUCCGGAAGAAGCAGAAGAUCUGUGGGUUGCAUACAAUUUGAUUGCUGAAGGUGAUCAUGUUGUAGGCGUUACUGUUAGAAAAGUAAUGCGAGAGACGGCUUCUAGAGGGAUGGAUGCGGAGCGAGUGAAACUCAAGUUAGAAAUCAAAGUUGAGGCUGUGGAAUAUGAUAAAGAAGGUUCUGCUUUACGAAUUCGAGGCAAAAACACUUUGGAAAACGGGUAUGUAAAGAUAGGUGCGUUCCAUACGAUGGAACUCGAGCUGCAACGGCCUUUUGUCCUGAGGAAGAAUGAUUGGGACUCCUUGGUGUUGGAUAUGCUUAACCAAGCAGUUGAUCCUGCUGCGAAAGCUGAUCUGGCUGUGGUGUUACUGCAGGAGGGACUGGCACAUGUGCUUUUGGUUGGUAAAAGUGUAACCCUUACGUGUGCUCGAAUAGAGGCCUCGAUUCCUCGUAAAUAUGGACCUGGUAUUGCAGGAUAUGAAUCUUCCUUGAAUAUGUUUUUUGAGAAUGUUUUACAGGCUUUCUUGAAACAUGUUGAUUUUAAGGUUGUCCGGUGUGCUGUUAUUGCAAGCCCUGGAUUCACUAAAGACCAGUUUUACCGUCAUUUGUUGCUGGAAGCGGAAAGAAAACAGAUGAGAUCUAUAAUAGAGAACAAGUCACGCAUAGUUCUCGUGCACACGACUUCAGGAUACAAGCAUAGCCUAAAGGAGGUUUUGGAUGCACCAAGCAUAAUGAAUAUGAUUAAGGAUACAAAAGCCGUCCAAGAGGUCCGUGCCCUAGAGGACUUUUUUAAUAUGCUAUCAAAUGAUCCGGAUCGAGCUUGCUAUGGUCCUAAGCAUGUAGAAGUUGCUCAUGAUCGGAUGGCAAUUCAAACACUUCUUAUUACAGACGAGCAGUUCAGGAAUGCUGACAUUGCAACACGGAAAAAAUACAUUAACUUGGUCGAUUCAAUUAAAGACUCUGGAGGAAGUGUUCAUAUAUUCUCGUCAAUGCAUGUCUCAGGGGAGCAAUUGGCACAGCUGACUGGUAUUGCAGCAAUUCUUCGCUUCCCUCUCCCUGAUCUUGAUGAUAUUGAAAUGUGAAAAAUGUUGAACAAUUCGAAAAUCAU